GGAAUUAAUUAUCUACCUGGCAAUUAUACGUCCGUAAUCUAUUCCAUUCAUUGGUGAUAGUGUAGGUUCCUGUCAUCUCCGCCGUUGAUAUUAGAUUCACUCACGAUAAACAACAUAUUCCGAUAUAUCACUCACUAGCUUUCGUUUUUUUUUAAUCCUCGAUUUACUUCGAAUCCAACAAAUCGGCCGAUUAUAAUCUCACCCUCUCUCUGGACCUUCUCUCUUCAAUUAAAAAAAUAUUUCUGUCCUAAGUCAACAUAUUAAUUGCCCUUCCACCACACUCCUCAGAACCCCCGAAAAUCCGAAUCUUAAAAGAGGAGAAAAAAAAAACUUGAAACCAGUCCCGAAGUUGAGCGAGGUCACCGGCAUUUCAGAUAACCCAACCGCCUGUUGUUCUGCUCUGAACGCAUCUGUACUCACCGCAGACUCUGGAGACAGUACUCCUGCCGUCGUAAACGGAUUUCCUGUUCUGUUCUGUUGCCGUUCAAGUGUCUCGUCGACGUCAUCGAGGUUCCGCAAAGUGCCGAAACAUCGGGGCACCCGCAUGUGUUCCUGUUUCGUCAGAAACCUCCAGCUGCCUUCUCCAAUUUUCUGUAACUCAUAACAAUCGAGUGACCAUGGAUUGGGUCCUGAAACAAUUCGGCUCCCGGGAAAAAUGUUUUAGUCACAUCAGUUCAUGCAAAACUUCAUACAGGAUAAUUCUCCACAUGAGUCAACGUGAUUCACUGCUGUUCAGCAGUCCACGAGGCAUUAUCUCGUGAUUAUUUCGACCAGGGACGGAGAUUACUGAUGAAAUAUGGACGGAGUAGUAAGAACGAGUUUGCAACAGAGUCGUUAAUUAUUUUGAGAUCUGAGUGUUGACAGCAGACAUACAUCAUAUUGUAAUGACUCAAUGUAUAGUCCACAGCUCGAUAACGAGAUGCUAAUGGGUAAUUUCGAAGACAACAGAUUAAGAUUUAAUCCUGCGAUUACUCUAAUUCGUUAAAAAUGACGAAAGCAUUUCAGUGGAGAAAACAUCCUCUAGCAUUGCUGUGCUGUGCUGAAAAGACCGAUCCAGAAGUACUUGCAAACAAUGUGUUGAUUUUUUAGAUCUAGUUACUCCGGUAAUUUUCGAUUCAGGGAAUUAUUGCUUGACAGUGACAUGUUCCAUAAUUUAAAAAAACGGAACUCCGAAAUAGCUUGUUAAAAAAUCCAAAGGCAGUUGAGAAAUCGUACCUCGAGCCCUCCAAAACAGAAAAAAAAUCCAACUCAAUAUGCAAGGCAAUAGAGGUUCAAACAGGGAGUUGUGCAUCAAAUUAUUCAAAAAAGUUGAUGAUUCAAAUCUGCUGUCCAGUAACGUCAUAAUGCAGAUUAUUUUCCCUCAUUACUCCAGUCAGUUUUGCAUCCGCCAACUCAUGUAGCCAAGGAAACCUAAAAAAAAUAAUAUAAUCGGAAUUGCGGAUAUACUCCAAAAGUACUCGCCAACGUUCUCCAGCUGGAGAAUCAAUACAAAGACUUCUAAAAAUCAUCAGACACUUUCCAAACGGAUGAUCAAGGAAGGGCCCCAGCUCCAUCUACUACCGCUCCUGGAAAUCUCUCCCCAGUCUACUCCUCGCUUUCUUCCUCCGCUCCUUCGUUGGCCGUCUCCCCUCCUCGUCCCUUUCACUCUCUUCAUUCCAGAGCAACGUCUAUCGUGCAUCGCGGGGCCUGGGCCCUAAAGGUGGAAGCAUUCCAUUCAUGUUUCGGAAUAGGAGCGACGCAGUGUGAGAGCGUCGUCCGACGGACGAGGACGCAUAUUACGAGGAGUACACGAAUCAACGUCCUCCAGUCUAAUCACUCAGCUCACCCUGACACUUAACACAAAUCAAUCACAAUAUUUCUCUCUACUUUGGUUUUAAAUUGAAUUGCGAAUGAAGUGCCGAGUGAAUUGUAUUCGUGAAAUCAUUUGUUUCUUCUGGUGAACAUUCAUAUCCAGUUUUAUUUAUUUUAAUUUUCCAUUGUUGUGGAUUUUCGGCCAUUAUUGGUGGUAGAUCCACUGAAAAAAAUGUUGUGAUGGCCGAGAGACGCCGGCUUCCAAGCUCGGAGACUCCCCCCGGAACCCCCCCACUGGAGAAGAGAUCAAAGCUACGAGAAGAGCGAGAGCCUCCGGGAGAGGAACUAGAUCUCCUAGCGGAAGAGACUCUCGACACCACUCCUGGAAACGACAGAAGGCUGGAAGUUGAAGAAGCUGUCCCGAGCACUUCGGGAACCCUCGGCCUCGUGCAAUCCAGCACAGAGAGAAAGGCCGAAGGUUCCCUGGAGUCUUCAUUCAUCGGUGAACAUGCACACUAUCAAGAAUUAUCGCAAAUCGGCGAUGGUGCUUAUGGAACUGUCUACAAGGCCAGGGACGUAUCGAGCGGUCAGGUGGUUGCUCUGAAGAAGGUACGCGUAUCUCUAACUGAGGAUGGACUUCCCACAUCCACAUUGAGAGAAAUCGCAGGAUUGAAGCAGCUCGAGAGGUUCGAACAUCCCAAUAUCGUGAGACUCCUCGAUGUCUGCCAGGGAAAUUACCUCCAGCCUCCUGACAGGAGUGACAGAAAUAGACGUACAGACAGACCUGAUAAAGGACUUACGUUGUGGCUUGUCUUCGAGCACGUGGACAGGGACCUCGCCAAGUUCAUCUCUGCUUGUCCACCAACUGGCAUGCCACCUUCUUUGGCUAAACAAAUGUCCAAGGAGAUCCUGCUCGGAGUUGAUUUCUUACAUAGUCAUAGGAUCAUUCAUAGAGAUCUGAAACCACAGAAUAUUCUUGUCACGGCCGAGGGUAGAAUUAAGAUUGCAGAUUUUGGAUUGGCAAAGACUUACGAUUUUGAGAUGCGACUGACUUCCGUCGUCGUUACUUUGUGGUACAGAGCACCAGAGGUACUCUUGGGAUGUGCCUAUGCUACUCCUGUAGACCUGUGGUCAGUUGGGUGCAUUUUGGCAGAGUUAAAUACUCUGAAACCGUUAUUUCCUGGGAGUAGUGAAGGAGAUCAGCUUGAUCGCAUUUUCAAAAUUAUUGGAACACCAACCCAAGAAGCAUGGCCGAAAAACGUCUCCCUGAGUUAUACAGCAUUUCCCCAAAGAAUAGCAACACCACUUCGUAUCGUCAUUCCUGAGUUGUGUCCUUCUGGAAUCGAUCUCAUAUCUAAAAUGCUCACCUUCGAUCCCCAUAUCAGAUUAACCGCCUCUCAGGCUCUUCAACAUUCCUAUUUCACCAUGGAAUCUUCAUAACAUUUCUACCGGUUUAUUCGAACAUUAUAUAAUACAUAACUGGAAAAUAUGUAAACGUACUUGCAUGUACAAAAACUAAAGCCCGAAUUUUAAUCGUAAUCGUAAAAUGCAUAUCAAUUAAUUUUAUUAUGCACAUUAUUUAAGUUCUUUGUAUUUAUGUAUAAAUCUAGAUUAUGAGUUAGUUAUUAAUAAUGUUGGUGAAAUAUAAUAUUGUCACAUUGUGAGAGAACGUCGAAGCACUCGUCGAUGUGCAUUCGUUUACUCAAUCGUUAAUUAAUUGUUAAUGACGUUUCUAGAAUUUUAUAAUCACGUAAGACUGGGGUCAAUGACCCACUCAGGACUGCUGAAAAGUAUUAAGAUACUUUUUGAGUUUAACCAGAAAAAUCACUGCCGAUUUUAGUUUAUGUUUCUCUUGUAUAUUCAAUUCAAGACGUAGAUCAUUAAGCAUUUGGGUUAGAAUUGACAUAUGAUAUAUUUAGAAAUGUUAGAGUAAUUUGAUGCUGUACCUUAAGACGUCCAUCCCAUCGAAAAUUGGAUUGUCGAAAUAUUGAAAUAUAUGCUAUAAUAUUAUUUAUAAUGAUUUUUCAAAUUAAUUCAGGGGUGAAUGUGUGGAAUUGUUCGGUCAUUUUUGGGUGUUAUAGCAAUCAGACAAAAUCAGUUAAGAACCCACGAUGCAACAACCCCAUGUUCUGCCACAUAUUAACCAUUAUUGCCUUAAAUGGAUUAAAAACAAUGUAAUUAAGAGUAUGUAUAUCAGUCAAUAAUUCAUCCCUCAACAUUUUCCAUUUUCCCUUUGUCAUUUCCUCUCCUUCAUCCCCA